AUGGAUGAUGGUGUCCAGAAAGACGAGCAUUUCGAUGAUGGCUACGAUGAGCAUUUCUUUGGCGACGACGAGGAUCGCGCACGACUGGAAAGUCUGAAUGAAUUCGAGCGGGAGCUCAUUCUUUAUGAGCGAUCUGUGCGCAGGGAAGACCUCCGGCGCAAGUUCAACAUCCGCUGUAAACUAGCCAAGAACGAAAAGCUACCCCAAAUAGAAGAAGAUCCCAGCGUGAAGAAACGCUCACAGGCCAGGCGACAGAACCUGGAUCAUCAGCGAGCUGGUGACAAGAAAGCCCAUGCCUUCGGCCGCUUGAUGGCCAGGCGGAAUAACAAGCUGGCCAAUAACAGUAAGGGGACCGAGGAGUACGUUAAGCAGAAUAAGGGCAAAGAGCCACUGAAGCUUAACAAGGUGAAGCUGAGGGCAGCAGAGAUCUACUCCGACGACUCUUCAAGUAGCAGUGAGGAGGAGAGUGGGGCCACAGCGGAGCCGGAGAAGCCACCUGAAGUUGAACCACGAGUGACCCUGCGGGAAGAUCUAAGCCGAGCCAUCCUAACACGAAGCAUGCUGGAAGAUUUUCUGGAUAAACCAAUUUUUGAGAAGACUGUGGUCGGUGCCUUUGUCCGAGUGACUGCUGGUCCUUCGUAUAGUAUUCACCAGGUUGUUGGUCUUCACAAGGAUUCGAGGGACUACCAGCUGGGCAAGAGGCGUACCAAUCUGAUCCUGGCUCUGAAGCAUGCCUCCGAAAGGCGUUAUUUCCAGAUGGACGUGGUUUCCAAUCAGCCGAUCACAGAAAAGGAGUUCGCAGUAUGGAUGGCAAUCAAUAAGCUCGUUGAUAAAGGCCUUCCAACUCUCGCCGAGAUCGCCAAUAAGCAGUUGGAAAUACAGAACGCCUCCGAGUACUCCUUCACCGAAGAUGAUGUGGAGAAGCUGAUUCAAAGAAAGAGGGAGGCUGGGCAGAUGCAUAGAGCCGCGCACAGGAAGGUGGUUCUAUUGAUGGAGCGGGAUAUGGCUGUGGACAGGAAUGAUCUAGAGAAGGUACAGGAGUUGGAGAAACAAAUCAAGCAGAUUGACGAACGGCGCAAAACGAAGGACAAGGCUGCAAGUGAGCAUCGGCCCCACGUGAUCAGUUUGCCGCAUGUUGCCCACGUGCCCACCAUUUACAGACCCAGCUCGAUUCUGCCUUCCGGCAGCAAAAGAUCCUUCGCGGAACGAGCCGCCAAGUCGGGGGGACUCGACCUGGAGCAGUAUAUGAGACGGAAGUAUAAGAAAAGCGCCGUUGUCAGUCACAGCCGCGUGGAAAAUAGUGAUUCGGCGGAGCGUGCUUCCACCGCUCCCACUGCUCUCACUGCUCCCACUGAAGUUCUUAAAGAUCUCGACAAGGGCGGGCAAAAGGUGGAUGAUGCAGAAUCGGACGAGGAGGAGGAGGUAGAUUUAUUUAAGUUAACGGACUUUAAAAUUGAGAUAGAUACCUCCCGACUAGUUCCUCUCAAUCAAAUCUUUCCGCCUGAAAUGCUUGGAAAGUUUUAAAAAGGGAUCAUUGUCCCUAUUAUAGAUGCUGUCAUGCUGACUGCUAUGCAACAGAUUAGCCAACUCCCAACACAGCCACCUCUUAUACUUGUUCGAUGUUAUAUAAACACGAUUGGAGCUUCAAAGAGAAUAAAAUGAUUUGGUGAUGAAGUCGAACUGAAAGUGGAGGAAGGAGCUCUACCAUCGCCACCACAACUUGGCAACUUUGG